AUGGAGUCAUUCAGCGCGCUACCAAAGGACUUUGCCACAUCGAAGUUCGAUUACUUGAUCGUUGGUGGAGGGACAGCAGGCCUCGUCGUUGCAGCACGUCUCAGCGAGAACCCCAAUGUCGUGGUGGGAGUGAUAGAAGCAGGAUUCUCGGCGCUUGAUGAGCCGUUGGUGUCGAUUCCUGGUAACUUUGGUAGAACCAUUGGCACGAAAUAUGAUUGGGCUUUUGCCACGGUUCCUCAAGAAGGCCUCAAGGGAGCAUCAUUGCCAUGGCCCCGGGGAAAGAUGCUGGGAGGGACCAGCGGAAUGAACUUCCUGGUGUGGAACAGAGGAGCCAAAGAAGACUACGAUGCUUGGGAGCAACUUGGGAAUGAAGGAUGGAACUGGGAACAGCUUAAAUACUACUUCAAAAAGUCCGAGAGGAUGAAUCAACCGCCCGCUUCUUUCGAGUCUCAUCAUCAAACCUUUUUCAAGCCGGAGGACCACGGUAGAUCGGGUCCUGUCAGUACAGCGUAUCCCUCACAUAUAGCACCGACUCAUAAAUACUGGCAUUCCACGUUGAAAAACAUGGGAAUCAACACCAACAAAUCUCACUUCGGAGGUUCAAAUAUAGGGGCAUGGACGUCGGUGGCCUGCCUCGAUCCUCAGACUCAGACGAGAAGUUACUCUGCCAGUGCUUACUAUCGGCCAAAUGCAAGAAGGGAGAACCUGCAUGUUUUGACCGAGGCACAUGUGUUGGAAAUUGUCAUGUCAGAAACACAACGUGGCGGAGAUUUCACCGCCACUGGGGUCAAGAUCAAGUACCAAGGAUCUGUGUUCACAAUACCGUGUUCCAAAGAAGUGAUUGUCUGUGGAGGAAGUGUCGGAUCUCCACAGCUGCUUGAAUUAUCCGGUGUUGGGAACCCGGCCAUCCUGAAGAAGGCCGGGAUCACUCCACGUGUGGCCAACAUCAACGUCGGAGAGAAUUUGCAGGAGCAUAUGAUGACAAUGACUGUAUUCGAGAUCGACACUGACAUCGUUACACCCGACAAUUACGCGGAUCCGAAGUUCUUGGAAGAGGCACUGAGGCUCUACGAGACACAAAAGUCGGGUCUCCUAACAUGUACCCCAGCAUCCAUGGCUUAUCUACCACUCAGCAAGAUGAUUCCAGCGCCGGAAGUAGGGCAAUUCCUUCGCCGCGCAGAGGAUCUUGCCUCGAGUCAUCCUCGAGACUCGACCCUCCACAAGUUGGAUAAGAUGCUAAGCCGCCAGUUUCUCCCACAAUACUCAUUGGGGCAAGUGGAGUAUAUGUUUGAUCACAGCAAUUACUCUCCCUUCUACGUCUCCGAGCCAGGCAAGAAGUACGCGAGCAUGAUGCAGAUCCUUCAGUAUCCCUUCACGCGUGGCUCCAUACAUAUUGACGCCUCCUCGCCACAUGACAAAGUGGUUAUCGACCCAAAGUACUACCAAGGAGAAGGCAGCCUCGACCUCGACAUCAUGAUCAAGGCACAAGCCUAUGGCGACACGAUCUGGCGUCAUGAGCCAAUGCGGUCCAUCAUUAAGAAACGAGUGUGGCCUCCGGAGACACUGAAAGGACAGACGACAGACUGGGCUGCCUGGGUCCCUGCCCAUACCACUACUGAUUGGCAUCCCGUAGGGACUUGCUCAAUGCUUCCACGCGAUGCUGGUGGCGUGGUUGAUGCUAAACUGAAAGUAUAUGGCACGACGAACGUGAGGGUCGUGGAUGCAAGUGUAUUCCCACUUCAUGUCAGCGCGCAUAUCCAGGCUACCAUCUAUGCAGUGGCGGAGAAGGCAGCUGAUAUGAUCAAGGAGACUUCGGGCCAACCGCAACUCAUGGGCAAGCUGUAA